AUGGCUACUUACUUAUUACACUUGGGCCAGCCACAGCCGUUGGCUUUGGAGCUCUGGAGCUACGGGACGCCAACGCUAGUGUGCAGGCAAAAGUACCGACACCUACAGUACAGUACAGUACUUGCUGUCAACGUGGACGUGCAACAGCACCACGAAUCAUGCCUGCAACAAAGUACAGAGUACCUGUGCGGCCAGUCCGUCGGCCGGAAGAACAUUCGCCGCGGCAUUAAUAUAUCCAUCUCGUCGAGCUCGCCCCGAAGCGCCGACGAUGCCUCUCAAAGCUCGGGCCUUUGCUUCGCCAACAUGCGCGGCCGCCUCGACGGGCUCCUCCUCGCCGUCCGGGCGCUGGUCCUGCUGUCCUGCCCGUCGCUUCGUCCCGCCAUCCACGUCCAUGCCAGUCCCACGCCCGCCGAGCCCGGUGGUCACGACCUCCUGCCCGCCCUCGUCCACCGAGGCUGCGAGUUCGAGCCGGCAGACGUCUUCGCUCGCGGCUUCAAGCCCCGCGCCUCGUGGGGGCCCAUGGUCCAGGAUUACGUCGUGGGGUGGCACGUCAAGCACAGGGGCGGCUCGGCGUACACCUCGACGACGUCGUCGCAGCACGUCGCCGAGAGCUUCGCCGCCUUUGGCACCCUCGUCCACGCCGCCGACGUGGCCCCGGACGCUCCGCCGAUCGAAUGGGAGCGGCGCAAGGGCGACGGCGAGCUCAGAGACAACUGGGUCUACGAAAUCAUCCCGACGGCCGCCUUCGUUCAGGUGUACGGAACCCUCCUACCGGGUUACCGACGACGGGGCCACAGCCUGCGCGAGCCGCAGAUGGAAUACGCCGCCGUCGGGUCCAUCGAUGCCGACCAGAUCGUCGCCGCCUACCGGGUGGCGGACCCCCAGAGGAGACUCCUCUUCAACCCAAACUUCAACUUUGCCUACCUCGGGCUGAAGGCCGGGCCGGGACGUCCGGAGCUGGACCGGGAUCUGUUUGCCCUCGUCAAGGAGGGUAAGGAUGUCCAAGUCUGCACCGAGAUAAAGGAAAAGGCGUUGGAGAUCAGGGCGGCGGCCGAGAAGACAAAGGAAGAUUGCCGACGAGAGUACGAAAAAAGGCCGAGGCCGAGACCGAACUGGCACGAGCACAUGCGCCACGCCGACUUUCUGCAAAGCUUUGCCGACGUCAUUUCCGUCCGACGACGGGAAUCCGGUGCCGACGUCGGGCCGACAAAGGCGACGACGCAUGGCGACGGUUCUCGUCACGACGACGACGACGACGAGGACGACGCCACGUCCCAGGAAAAGGACGAAAAGGACGGCAGGCCCGGAGCAGGCACGCGCUGCAAACGCAGCCAACUGUGCGGUCCCGGAGAGGAGGCCAGAAACCCGACCAAGGCAGCAGAGGCCGGGGCGAAAACGAAGGCUCCAUCGUCUCCCGAGAACGGCGGUCGCCAUCCCCAACGGCUCGACGAGGGCAAAGACGGACACGGCAAAGACCGGCAUAACGGUCGGGACCACGACCGGCACAAUGAGCGGGACCACGGCCAGGACCACAACCAGGACAAUGGCGAGGACAACGGCGAGGACAACGGCGAGGACAACGGCGAAGACAACGGCGAGGACAACGGCGAGGACAACGGCGAGGACAACGGCGAGGACAACGGCGAGGACAACGGCGAGGACAACGGCGACGACAGCGGCCAGGACAACGACUGGGACAACGACCGGGACCACGACCGGGACCACGACCGGGACCACGGCCAGAAGAACAAACAAAACAAGGACCAAAGCAGUGGCCAGAACAACGACCGGAACCACGGCCGCACGAGCCAUGUCGACAGAAAGCACCGAACCGGGCAUUCCCAGCUCCACUGCCCAUUCGUUCGUCGACAUUUUCGUCGCGAUCCUCGAGGCGGCAAAGGGGUCGGAACUGGUGCCGGCCAUGCGAGGCACCAAAGUCGUCCUGGUCGGACGGGUUCCGGAGCAAAGGGCCACGGUGGAAAACAAAGCAGCCUAUUGGACGCUUGCAGUGCCGAAUUAGAACAGAUGGCCUUUGAUUCUUUCCUGGCGACGGCCGAUGGUGCCCGAGCUGGGGCCGAUGGUGCCCGAGCUGGGGACGAGGGCGGCGAAGGAAGCGGGGACGGUGCCGAAUCGGCGGACAACAGCGUGGAUCUGACAUCGUGGAGGCGGCCUGCAAGCAAAGUCGAAUCGGCCGCCAGUCGCCCUUUUGCCGUGACGGAAUGGAUGAAAAGGCACGGCCGGUCAGCUCAUGACAUGCCGGCCGAGGACGAACAGGGAUUCCCAAGCGAACGGGGCUUGCCGCUUGUCCAGGAAAAGAACUUUGCACAUCGACGGCAGUUCAUCACGGGGAGAAAAGUAUCCGUCGGGCUGAAGAACGGCAUAAGCAUAUUCGUGGGCCACGGCCUUGAGACUCGAGGCCAUGGCCACGCCGGGACGGGUUGCCGUUGCCUGCAGGGAAACGACGCAGGGAAAUGGCGCAGAGGCCGUUGCAUGCCACGACCGCCCCAGGCCGGCGACUCGUCUUCCGACAUUCGGUCGACAGAGGUGGCCCAGCAACAAUCACGGAUGAGCCAGGCAAACGGCAUUCGGACAUGCCGCCACCUUCCGGGCCCGCUGUCGAAGCGGACCGGCAGCAGAGCCGUCCGUCGUCCGGUUCGAUGCCAGCAGCUACAGACGCACAUUCAAGCCCAAGCACGCAUCCAGUCGGGUCUGUCGGCGACGGGACCUGGGGCAUCGAAACGGGUGCGGACAAUGUUGGUCCGUGCCCCCUUCAAUAGCAAGCGCAACACACAGCAAGACGGCGUCGGCUUCCCGGAGGCGCAGUCUAGAGCCACCGAAACGCACGAGUACUACUCCCACUCCGGCCAGUGCGGCAACAAGUACCCGUCCCUGUUGGCACGAGAUGCAUGA